AUGUCCCUUCUAAUACCUACCGCACAGGACUACAAGGACGCUAGGGCUGGGUACGAUCUCCUACCCGCGUACCGUGAGCUGCUAGAACAACGGCGCCACGAGAAAACUGACGAGGGAAAGCCCAAAUUUGGAUGGGAAUUCAGUGUGGAGCCGGGGUUCUUCCACCAGAGCGACGACAGCACUGACGACCUAAACUUCAACUACGCUACACAUGAUUUCGGGCGCAAAGAGCCGUGGGACGAGCUCACGGCGCGGCUUGCGCGAUUGAACGGUCAGUCGGCCACCACCAAAUACAAGCUUUUGUUCCUUGCUCGUCAUGGACAGGGAUUCCACAAUGUAAUUGUGUCCAAGUACGGGCUGGCGGAGUGGCACCGCAAAUGGCACCGGCUUGGGCGCGACGGGGACGUGGAGUACGCCCCGGAUCCGCGGUUGACUCGGUUGGGUGAGGCCCAGGGGCGCGAGAACCACGCGGUGUGGCGCGCCCAGUUGGCGGCAGGGUGCCCGCUCCCCACGCGGUACGUGGCGCUGCCGCUUCAGCGGUCGUGCAAUACAUUGCUACUCACAAUGGGCGGGUUGUGGCCCGAAAACACGGCGGUGGAGGUGGUGGAGUCGGUGCGAGAAAUCAUCGGCUACCACUUGUGCAACAAGCGGUCAACAAAAACCCAAAUUCUCGAGCGGUUUAGCAGCCAUGGGUUUGUCACUGAACCAGGGUUUACCGAGGAAGAUGAGUUGUACACAGAGCAGGAAGAGAAAUUUGACGACAUGUGUUUUCGAAUGAACGGGUUUUUGCAGAGGGCUUUUGAUGAGUGGGAUGAUAGUGUGCUAAAUGUGACUUCACACGGCGGUACAAUCAAGUGUCUUUUGGCGGUGGUGGGCCACCGUAACUUCACGAUUUCCACUGGAGGAAUGAUUCCGGUAGUGGUGAAAGCCACUAGAACCCAGGAGAGGUUGUAGAUGUAAAUAGACAUACAAUGCAUAAGAUGAUGCACGC